AUGGGAAGUCCCUAUAUCUUUUCGGGGAAGUCAAUCCAUGAAGCUCGUAUGCAUUUUAUGCACGCUCAUACAUUGCCAUCUUUGGCCAAAAAUAUGGCAAGGUUUUCUUUGAUUCUGUCAAAGACUAAGAUGCUUGACGUUUACAGGACUGGGAUUAACUUCAAGAUAAUCAAUGAUAUCCACUGCCAUGAUCAACAUGGUUAUGUUGUUGUUGAUAAGAAUAAGAAACCUUGUAUACAUUCAGAUGGCACUGGCUACAUCUCUGAGGACCUUGCUCGGUUGUGUCCAACAGAUACAUAUAAAGGGAAAUGUCUCAGAAGUGCUAAUAUUCAGGAAGCUUGUGGCCAACACCCGUUAAACUCUUUAUUGCUCUGA